UUGUUUAUUAUCAAAAACAAAAACAAACGUGUUCCGCGAUUAGGGGUAACUCCAAUUAAUCCCCCAUUUUGAUCAACAUUUUUCAUCACCUCCCUCCACCCUUGUAAAAGAUUAUCAGUAACUCGUUAACGAUUAUCGAUUGACUACUCAUCAUCGGGGUUUAGUAAGAGUUCCUUCAAGAAGUGACAAUGGGUAACAUCAAGUCUAGAAGAUCGGGAAAACCGAAGAAAAAAGUUAGCGAUGAUAAAGUCAAAAGUCGUCAUUCGGAAUUGGAAGAUGAUGAUUUCUUUGAGGAUGAUGUGGAAAUGGAUUGGCUUAGAAGAUCAAUCAGGAAUCAACCGCAAUACUUUGUACUUAAUAAUCUUAUGAUGUGCAUACAAUUCUUUGAGAAUUAUGAAAAAGAUAUUCAGCGUAUUAGAAAAACUUUGGUGUCGUCUCGUGAAGUAGAAUUGAACGAACGUUUGGCACCACACAAACAUGUUUUAUUGCCAGAUGUUCUACAGGAAAAAAUAGCAAAAAAUGUUGGUUUUCUUUCGUCGAGACAAACCCUUCGUCCAACCAUUGAACCAUUGCAACCCGUUAGAAUUUAUGUGGUACACGACAAUGUUGAAGUUAUUGAGGAGGAUGAUCCAACUUAUAGUCCUAUGAAUGAUUCCUCUACAUACAGCAUGGUUUUGAAACAAAGCAAACACAGUGGUUACGUGAAAUUACAAUUGCAAGAAGAGACACCUCUUUUGAAGAAAGUUAUAGCAGAGGAACAAUCGAUAAAAAAUGACGAUGGAUUUUACAGCGACGGUGACAGUCUCUACGGUCAAAAAUAUUCAAGAAAUGGAGGAGUUGGUUUGAAUAGACAAUCGAAAAAUAAUUUGCAAUCAUCCAAAUUUGGACAUAGCAGUUCCUCACCUAAUAUUUACGAGGAUAGUACCAUGUACGGAUCUAGUAGUUCACAUGAUCGAGGAAAGAAUGAAUCAGAUCAUUACAAGGUUGAUUCUUUGAUCGAUGAGAGAUCAUAUCGUGCACCUGAACCACCUCCGAGAAAUAAUGGUUAUCUUAAUCGAGGUGAUAAUGUUAGGAAAAACAUCAAACAUCAUCACAAAUCAAAAAUGUAUUCGCAAAAUAGUCGUGCCAGUAGUACCAGUUCUGGUUACAGAUCUGGAAACUAUGUACUCGACAGUGACAGUGAUUGCAGUUGCACUCAUACCUGUAAUUUAAGCCGAAGUUCUGACGAUUUUUAUGGCACUGCUGACAGUUCGAAAAAUAUGGACGGUGAUUCUGAUAGAAAUCAAAUACCUAAUCAAUGUUUCAAAAAGGUUACGUAUACCAGUGAAGGGAAAAUCUAUGAUCCUAUAGAGGAAAGAAGAUAUCCGAUGAAUAACAAACAGAAAAGAAUAAGACAAUUUCUCAGACGUUACAAUUACAAUGUCUUUUACGUUAGCAGUCUUUUCUUUAUGAAACACUUCUUUCGUGUUUUUGUUCAUCAAUUAACAGAUGUUUUUGGUUUCGAUCGUGAAACAGUGGAUGAUAGAAGACCAGAGGGUUCUAUUAUUUAUUACGACAAAGUUAUAGUAUCACACAUGUCGAGACUCACAAUGAUAGAACCUUAUGAGAUCAUACCAAGUGUUUGGUCCCAGUGGCCUGAAGGUGCUAAGGAAUGGUUGGAUCGUCCUCGUAGUACUUGGCCUACCGACGAUGAAAUUGGAAUGAUCAAAGAUUUAGGAUGUUACAUUGUACCGGAAGGAUUUACACCGAAAAAGGGUAUCAAUCCUCAACAGGAUCUUGAAUGGCAAUUGACAUUUCCUGCUGCUGAGAGAUAUUUAGAAACUUGUAUGACAUCGGCUCAAAUACAAGUUUAUUUGAUGGCCUUGGUUUUGCACAAGACAUUUAUCAGACCGGUAUUUGAUUCGAUGUUUGGUCUUACCACGUCUCACAUCAGGAAUAGAAUGUUUUGGAUGAUAGAAGAAAAUGAUAGACCAUCUAAAUGGCCAGACAAUCGGACUGGUGAAUGUCUCAUUAAAUUAUUGCAAUCUAUGUAUUAUUGUAUUAGUAAAAAUGAACCGACUCUAUCGGAUUAUUUUAUCAGAGACAAGAAUCUCUUUCAAAGAAUACCAAGUGAGCAUUUAUUGCACACUCAGAAACAGCUCAAACGAAUUCUCGAGAAUCCGAUUAUGUACGUCUUCCAUGCAAUGGAGAACGUUAAGUAUAGUCAACAGUUCUUUCCUAAAAUAAAUUUCGAGUCGCUGUUAAAUAUUCUUACUGCUAAUGCAUUGACGCUGAUUAACCCAGCAUUAGCUGGAGAUAUUCCUAAACCUUUGUCUAAAACGAAUGAGGAUGAAUCCAGUACAAGGAAAGCCAGCGAACCCGUGUACACGGAAACAAGACCAGGUGGGUUUUGGUUGAACGCUAGAAAUGUUAGUCGGACCGUGGACGAGCAGAAAAUUUAUGCGAACAGACCAGCUGUUACUAACAAAACCUUGAUCAAUCCUCGUAAAGCUACAGAUUCGGUUAUAGAAAUCUCGGUACAGUGUGCUGAUUUGGACGGGAUAAGACUUUGUGCAUUAUUGGAUUUCUUCAUCAGUCAUUUUAUCAAAAUGGGCGAACGUUUCCAUCAAUAUCAUGCUAUUGAACAAAAGGCUAUUUACUUGGAUCAUGCAGAACGACUUAGCAUUCUUCUUCAAGAAUAUCCAAGGUGUAAGAAAGAUGCCAAAGCGUAUCGUGAAAAAAUAAAGGUCCUUAGAAGGCGUGAGGAUCACUCGAAACCCGAAAAUAUGCCGCAAGUUAAACCGAUAAAAAAAACCGGAGAACCGAUCUUUACUAUGAAGUUGAAAAAUCGUUUCACUACAGAAUCUCCAGAAGAAUUAUCACCAAAGGAAUCCGAAACUUUUAACAUGGAGGAUCAUACGUAUGAUUCAGCCUCUGUGACGAAAGAAAUGAUUCAAGAAAGACCAAGAACACCUACGUCACCACCGAGAACAACACGUGGUCCUGCUCCGAUGAUUCCAACUCCUCGAGUACCCAGUUCAAUAGAUAAAACGUCCAAUCCUGUUAGGAGAACACCUACAUCGAUAAACAAAAUGCCCACUCCAGUUAGUCGAGUAUCCAGUCCGAACAAUGUUCCUAGUCCCACUAGGCGAGUACCAAGCCCAAUAAACAAAGUACCUAGCCCAAUUAAGCGAACUCCUAGUUCAACAGAUUCAGAAGGUUCAACUUUUAGUAAAAAAGUACCAUCUGUUACAAAUGAAAUGAUUAAUGAUGAGGAAAGUUUGACGAUAAUAAGGGAUAAACAAAUAGAAGUAGUUCCACCGCGUGUCGUAUCACUUGUAGAAAAUGAAAAUGAAUCAUUUUUAUCCGAGACAACUUAUAUUUAAUAAAAGACAGUGUUCUUAGAUAUGCAUAUGGCUUAAUUUUGAAAUUAUUAAACAAGGACUAUAGAUUUCAAUUGGAUGCAAUGCUUAUUUGAUAUUUAUUCUUUUUAGAUUAUUUUAGAAAAUAAUGAUGAUUCUACGAACGGGAUUAAUACUCGACGUAAUUUUCGAUAUUUAAUAUAAUAUUUAUGACGAAGCAGAUUAAUCGGUUUAGCAUUUAAUUGUAUUAAAUUAUAUCAUUAAUUUACUGUU